UCGAAACCACGUUAGCCAUUGAAAAUAUAAAUUUGUUUUUAACUAAGGUACUCAUAUACUUCCUGCGCUUUUUAUAUCUACCUAUAAAUAUUAAAAAAAAUAAUUUUUCAGUGUUUUUUACAGUUUAUAUUUAUUCUAUUAUUAAUUUGAUAAAAACAACUCAAUUACAAAAAGUGUUGGCAGUUGGCUACCCCGCAUCACAUUCCACGAGUUUCUUGAUGUUUAAUGUUAACACAGCUGUUGUGCUCAACAUUUCAACUUCACAUGUGUAUAAACCACAAAGCAACGAAAGUGCAUAUAGUUAUGGUGUAUACUUACAACAAAAAGAUUUAGAGCAUCCGUAGAUCGACUAACAGAAUCGUUUUACUGAAGUGUUUGCUGUAGAAUGUUGAGUUUAGGUUGAAUGUUUAGUGCGUGAUUCACCACCAUGACUGUGUCCGCCGUGUUCGGCAAGUCUUUUGUCAGAAAAGUUUGUCUGGGUUUGAUAGUUUUGUUAAUUUUCCUGGACUUCCCGUGGCUGUGCCAGAGUCACGGACACUCGCAUGAAGGAGAGGACUCGCCAGCGUUCAAGUACUCGCAGCAGGCGAACGCUCGGCACUAUGACGAGGGCAAGCCGGAGGCGAAGGUGAAGAGCUCGGCCCCCAAGGAGGACACCCUGACGCUGUGGGCGCGGGCGCUGGGCUCCACGCUGCUCAUCAGCGCGGCGCCCUUCUUCGUGCUCUACCUGGUGCCCUUGGACAACACCAAGGAGCGGGAGCCGCUGCUGAAGAUCCUGCUGAGCUUCGCGUCGGGCAGCUUGCUGGGGGACGCGUUCCUGCACCUCAUCCCGCACGCGCUGCACCCGCACCCGCCCGAGGGGGCGGAGCCCUCGCACAGCCACAGCCACAGCCACAGCCACAGCCACGGGGGCCCCGAGGGACACGAGCACGGGCCGCACGACAUGCGCGUGGGCUUCUGGGUGCUGUCGGGCAUCAUCGUGUUCCUGGUCGUGGAGAAGUGCGUGCGGCUGGUGAAAGGCGACCACGGGCACUCGCACGCCGCCUCUGCGCCUCCGGCCAGCAGCAGUGUUGCCAACGCAGGCAGUGGCAAGAAACAGAAGAAAGAGAACAAACAAGAACACCAGGAACAUGGAGACAUCAAGGUGGCCGGGUACCUGAACCUGGCCGCGGACUUCACCCACAACUUCACGGACGGGCUGGCGAUCGGCGCGUCCUACCUGGCGGGCCGCAAUGUGGGGCUGGUCACCACGCUCACCAUCCUGCUGCACGAGGUGCCCCACGAGAUCGGCGACUUCGCCAUCCUCAUACAGUCCGGUUGCAGCCGCAGGAAGGCCAUGUACCUCCAGCUGACCACCGCGCUGGGAGCGUUGUCCGGCACCGUCAUCUCUCUCCUGGCGGAAGGGAUGGGUAACCUCGCCACGGGAGGCAUCCUGCCGUUCACGGCGGGCGGGUUCAUCUACAUUGCGACGGUGUCGGUGAUCCCGGAGCUGCUGUCCGACACGAAGCUGUGGCAGUCCGUCAAGGAGAUGGCGGCCCUCGUCGUCGGCGUCUACAUGAUGGUGCUCAUCGCGUCCAUCGAGUGACGCGCGCCCGUCCUCCCUGCCCCGCGGCGCUCCGGCGCUCCACGGUGCUGUUCCCUCGACGAGCCAACAUCACAGAGAUUUGUAGUGCAAUUUUCUUUCUUAAGUUUUUAGGAUGAAUAUCGAGGAAUAUUUGGACGUAAUUAUGAAAAAAAGGAACCAUCCCACAAUUUUGUUAUAUUUGUUUGCAAAUAAAUUAAAAUAGUACAAGGUUUGAUCGUACCGUCGUUGCCAUUAUUAUAUCAGAAUUUAUACUAUACCAUUAAAAUUAUACCCACAUUAUGUUAUCAAUACGAGAAUUACAAUUUAUAAUUAACUUUAACUUCAAAAUACUCAGAAUAGGUUUCAUGUGGGUUGGUUACUUUUUGCAUAACUACGUCCAUUUCUGCCUUUUUUUUUUCUGGUUAGUUAGCAUAGUAUUUUUUUUUUUGUAUUCUUUAUGUAUAGGUGUAUGUGAGACCUGGAAUUGCUGCUUACAAUCGAAUAAAGUUAACAUAUUUGAGCACCCUUUAUCUGGAAAUUCUGUACCUGGAGCUAUUAUUUGGAAGGGUGAAAAUUAAAGUACCUAAUUAUAUUUAUGUCUUUUCGUUUCGACCUACCGUGAUAGUUUUACUAUCAUAAAUAUCAAAUGAAGACCAUUAAGAGUUACCUACGACCACUUAAAGCAUUACCUUAAUAGAGAAAAAAAAAAUUGUUUUGAAAUUUAGGUAAUGUACAUUUUAAUAAUAUAAGAUGCGCAAUGUCUGGUGUAGAUUACAGUGACAGUUCUGUAAGUAGGCUUGAUUGUUUUAACGUUUAUCAGCCCUCUUGUGUUUGGUUAUGUUUUUAAAGAAUUUCUUUUACCUGGAAAGUUUCUAAACAUAGUUGUUCCAGAUAGGCCUGCAGAGUGUGGUUUCACUCCGCACAAUUCCAGAUGCUGUGUGCUCUUUUGAAGUUGUGCUUUUAAAAUUUUCACAGGCUUUUUCUUUAGACAAAUGUUUUGAUGCUAAUGUUAUUAAAGGUUGGUUUAACAUUGAAGACUUGAGUGUAUGAUUGUAAUAAAAUUUGAUUUGCUACUACUAUCAGGUAAAUUUUUGCCUAUUUGUACUGCUUGUCACUAGAAUAAAAAAAAACAGUUGUCUGUGAAUUUUACAUAUUGGAAAAUAUUUAAUUAUUUAAUUUGCAGACAUUAUCUGUAAUGCACAAAAAAAAAUUCAUUUUGGUUUGUAAGUAUAAAAAUAUAUGUAUCUUAAUAAAUAAACAUUCCAUAUUCUAAAUCCAGUGUCAAUGAUUUAGUUUUCAAAUGUGUUUGUGAAUGUGAACUGAUUAUAAAUGAAAUUAUUGCAUUUAAAUUUGUGAAUGGAGUCAAUUUCUGGUUUUACUUAAACAUUUGUUUUCAUGAUACCAGCAGUGUAUGAUGUACCUUUUUUGUACAUUUUUUCUUGGUUUUCUUAGAUUUUUUAUUUUUACAUGCGUAAUUCAUAAUGUGAUUGUAUGUAAACAUGCAGGACAUUUAAAUUCUCAUUAUGUUGCUUUAUAUUACUUAUAAACUAAUGAUAUUGCAAACAUUACCUCCGAAAAGUCAUGUAUUUUUACAAAUAAAACUUGUAAGGGGUUUUUUGAAAUGUGAUUUCAUAGUAUCAUGUAUCUAAAUGUACUUUAUGACAAGACUUAAAUUUGUAUGUACACUGUAUCAUUAGGACAUAAUAUUUUAUUGUAAAGUGCCACCGGGAAAACAUAUUUUUUUUUAUUUUGUAUUGAGUAUUUUGUUUUAUUUCAAGUUGUCUUUCAUGACUGAGUUCUAGAAUAUUAGGAUGGAUAUGAUUAAUAUUUAUCAGAACUUCAGUAUGGUUUGCUUUGGAGAUGCCUACAAACAACUACUUGGCUCAAUAAAACAAUACAAUUUUGUGUGAUGCUUUCGUUCAGUUAUCUCAGUGUGUGUUGUCGAAAGCCUGGUACACAAUGUACUGCAUGCCACUGUUAUCUGGGCGGAACCAGGGUUGCCCAAGUUUGUUGGUUAAGGGGUCUGCCUAUUCAGGGGUGUCACUGUGUCAGUGAGGCGGGGAUGGUAAGUGCGACGCUCGCACGCGGUGUUGCCUCUGAGCGCAGUCUUCUCAUCGUGAAUAAGGCAACUAUGAGAUUUUAGCAGUAACUGUAACACUAUAUGGCGGAGAAGUGAAGAUACAGGAGUAAUGCAAGUCCCUUAAGUGCUUUCAAGAAUCUGUUUUUUUAUGCCUAAAAAUUACUCUGAAAACAUGUGUUUUAGUCAUUUUAAAUCUUUUAAAAAUACAGUUUAAAAACUUCAUCCAAAAUAAAAACUUCUUUUUGGCCCUCAGCGAACUCUUAAAUGCUAUUCGUGAUCAAACCCCACUCGGAUAGCUUGAGUGGUUGUGAAAUAACGUGGUUUUUCCUGAAGCUCUGCGCACCAUGUGUGUGCCCGGGUAAAAGGGGCCCUUAAGAAGGUUUCUAGUAUAAGAUGUCUUCAUGUCAUUUUGCACGAUAGAAAUUACUUGUUUUGUUAUGAUGAAUUUGGAGAGGAAUGAAGAUGCUUAUUAGUCAUUUAUACAUACAUACAUACAUACACUUAACUAAAAACUGUCUACAGGAAAUGUUUAAGUUUUGAAAUUUUUAUAAUUUUUUUGUUAGUCAUAUUCUGUGAUGCCUAUCAUUGAAAUUUUAAUUUCAGCUUUACAAUUUAGAAUUUAAAUACACUUGGCUGUGUAGUGCAUUGUUUUUCAGUAUUUUUGUAACAAAGAAUUUUAAUGAAUAGUGUCAAAUGUAAUUGAUUUUAGUAAUGUCCUCAUGUACACAAAAUUGACAUUUAAACUUUCCUGUGAGUCUUGCUUUUUUCAGCUGUAUUGGCAUUGUUACUAAAGAUUGUCCUCUUGAUAUGGAACUUUUUAACCUGGAAAGUUUCAAGCCAAAUGUCAAAGGCUGAGAUGACUGAAGAAUUAAGUAGACAUAAUGAUAUACCUAAUAAUUAAAAUAUUUUGUAACCUAGACAUUCAACAUGAUUAACGUCAUUAUUAUUGCUCCUUGAAAGAUUUUGGGGAAGGAGUGGGGUAGACAUCAUUCAAUGGCUUCUGUUGUCCUUGAUAUCUGAUUUCAAAGGCUUUUUGAAUGACUUUAAUAAUAUUGCAGCUAUUAAAAGAAAAUAAAUGAAUGAUUUAUGCUAAUUUAAAGUAAACAAACCCAAAUUGCAUAUUAUGUUCAUUAAGUUGAUUUACUGUAAUUAUGUAGUUUAUGCUGUAGGUAUAGAUUAUAACAGAUUCUUAAUCAGGUGGUUAACAUUUUUUUACCACAAACCUAGUUUAAGUCGUUUGUUCGUAAUAACAUAGACAAUCAAGAUUUUAUAUGGACAAAUUUUUCAUUUGGUUAAGGGAUGGUAAAAUAUUGGGAUCUGCCUGUCAUAGUCUUGCCCUUAAAGAAUGGUUACUUAAUGUUUGUGAUGUCUUUGUCACAGUUUGAACUAUAAUUGUGAAGGUAUAGUUUUUAUUUGGGUUAUGUGUAAGUGACCGGAGAGAAUUUUGUAUCUUGGGCAGCCCUGGGUUAGACGGAAGGCCUUUUUACAUGAUCAAAGCUGUAUUGACUUCAGUAUUAUGAAUUAAAUUUAUUGAUAUUUCAAUAUGGAUUUUAAUAAAAAUUUGUACAAUACGAAGGUUAGUUUUAAAUGAGCUAAAUUAUGGUAUCUUAGGUAAACAAGUCCUAGUAAAGCAUCAAUUCAUUUUUCCUUGGGUUUUGUUGGUUUUGUUUUCAUUCAGUUUAGGAUAUCCCAUUUUAAAAAAGCUCUUUGGUUUCACAUGCAUUAAUUUUACACCAGUCCCUUAUCUUUCAGUACAGUUAUUCAUCAUUUUUUUUUUAAAUCCUUGUGCAAUAUUAAAUGACUGCGUUGGGGUUGGAAAAAAAUGUUUGGUGAAUGUAUGGGGUACCAGCUUGGUGGGUAGAUAAAAAAAAAAUUAAUUUUUUUUUUAACCAUCAUUCAAAACACCAAUGAUGAUGUGAUCUAUAGAGACAAAAUUUUAUGGUUUAAUUUUUAGUCCAAUUUUGUUUUAUAAAGAGAAUAUUUUCUUGUUAUUGUUUUGUAAUAGUUACUCCACAAAAUAGUGGUAAUAUUUAUAUGUUGCAUUUUUACGAUAAAAUAAUUUGUAAUAAAUUGGUCUGAAACAGAUACGUCCAAAAAAAUAUAUAAAUCAGUUGGCGAGAAUUUGUGAUUUAGAAGUGAUUCAAUAAGAGAUGCACAAUAAAACAAAAAACAAUUAAUUUUUCUGACCUGUGCACUUUCGUACAAUCUUUUGUCUGGAAAUGACAUUCGUUGAAUUUCAAACAAUAAAAAAUUACUAGUUAAAUGCUGCUUAAUUCCAUGAUACAACCUGCAUUUCUGUGAUGUGGUGUUUAUAACUUGCAUUUCUUUGAUAUAAGCUAUAUUGUGAUGCUUUUCGGUGUUAUUUGGGUUUUAUCGCAAUUCAUCAUAUAAUUUUGUCCUUAUUGAUUGGUAAGAUGAUGAAGUCAAUAUUUUUUUUUUAAUUCAAAGCCAGAUUUGACCGUGUGAAAAAGGCCUCUGUCAACUAGUGUUCCUUGUCUUGCUUGGAGGGCGUUGAACAGUUAGAUAAAACAAGUGGCAAAGUGUGGUCCAGCUCAAAUGUUCAGACAUGGCACGAGCAUUCUGAGACACAGGUUCUGGCCCAGUGUGCUCAGGCUGAGCAUCAGUGUGUGAGGACCUCAGCCUCCCAACGAGUCUGAAGCAAAGAUAUCGGUGUGCACGCGUCUCGAAGCUGUGCAGUAUUAAGUCUCGGUGGAAAGAUGGUGUGGAUGCUAUUAUGUACUAAUGUUGGUGAGAGUACGUAUACUUGUUGUACAGAUUAGAUUCACUAGUUGGAGAAAAAAAAAUCGUUUAUAAUAUAUAUUGUAUGUAUACAAUUGAAAGUAAAUAAAAUUGGUGUUUUUUUGGAAAAAAAUAAGUUUUUUUUUUUACAUCUGUGUGGCAUCUAUGUAGUAAAUCAGUCUAAUAAUGAGCAACCAUAAAUUAUUAAAUAAAUACAUAAUUUGAAGUUUAAUACUUCAAAGGCUUGGGUGUUCAAAGUGAUUGUUAUAAAAAAUACUCUUUAAGAGACCAAUA